GCACUUUUAAUGUGCUAACUUUUACGGGAUGCAUUUGCCCCCGUUACCGUUUUAGCUCGUUUCGCGGCUCCCAGCUGCAUCCGCCUCCCUCAAUACUGAACCAGUUUUAGAACAAGUUGUACCUAUGAAUCAUACGCACACAUACACAUGGGGAAAUAGAGCCCAGGUUGAAAAAUACCGAAGUUAUCCUUUAAGUCUUCACCUUAAGAUUUCCUUAAAUGUUCACUUAAGUAUUUAGGUUUUCUUUUUAUCUUGGUCUUAUAAUUUGAAAUCCCUGAAAGUUAGUUGCAACCAAACACACACACACACACACAACAAACUUCAUAUUUAUUUAUUUAUAUUUAAAAAAAAAAAAUCAAAUAUGAGACAAAUGAUACAAAGCUCUAAUCCUAGCGGUCGGUCUGCAUUAGGAGUACCAUCAUUAGUUCUUAGGGUGCUUUCACACCUGCCCUGUUUGGUUCAGUUCAAUCAAACUCAAGUUUGUUUGCCCCCUAAGUGCAGUUCAUUUGAGCAGGUGUGAACACAGCAAUCAUACUCAGGUGUGCACCAACAAAAACAGACCAAGACCUUCUUGAACUUGACCAAAGGAACUCUGGUGCGGUUCGUUUGUGGUGAGAACGUCUUCCGACCUGGAUCUGAAGCAACUGCAGUCACAUGACACAUUGUUUGGGUUAAACAUGAGCAUGUUACAGUCCUGGAGGAUUAUUAAUGUGCACCUCCUCCUGUACUGCCUUAAUAUGCACAUUCAGCACAUCCAAUGCAUCAAAACAUUGUUUUCUAGUUGGAGCCGCGCCUCGUUUUCAAACUGUAUGGUUUGACUAAAAUGAACAAUGACAGCAAUAUAGUCCACGAUGAGCAGCGCUAAAAUCAACCUGCGUAGUUGUCCCUCCAUUGUGACAUUAGAAAGUGUCACAUUUAUCUUGCAAGUGUACUCUUCUUCAACGUUUGCUUUACUUCCUGGAUUUUUCCCACAUGGAAAUUCUGACCAAUCAAGAGCAGCUUUCUCACACAAGGCAUUUGAUCUGGUCCGCUUGUAAAUGCUGCCAUGAGAACACAAAUCAACUCUAGGCAAGCAAGACAACUCUAGGUCUGAAAACACCCUUAGAGUUUGCUAAACCUGCUUUUUGGAAUGGACCCUAGCAUUAAAAGGAAAAAUAUGUUUUUUUGAUUUUGACAUGAACUGUCCCUUUAAGGUACUCGCUCUGUAACUGAUAAACCAUGUUAGAUUGUAAACACUGAUGCAUCAAUGUGUGAGCAGCAUUUUACUGCUGCAGCUGCUCCAGGUGGAACCAUUAAAACUUCUUUACCUAGUUACAUUUUAUUUAUUUAUUUUUAAGAGGAGCUAUUGAACAGAUUUUCUCAAACACAAUUUCUAGGAGUGUUCUUAUAUAAACUGAUAUUCAGUUGAAUGUAUCCUUUGCUAAAACUGAAACAUCCAUAAAUAGUUCAGCCAGUCAAAUGUUAACAUCCCAGAGUCUCCCAGUGACACUGCGCUACAUAAGGCACUGGCUCCCUCUGCUGGUGAAAUGGUGAAACUGUUGCGUUGGGCAGGUGCGUAACAGCAGCAAACUGAACUUCAAACUGUGACUUAACUUUCAGACUAUUUAAUAAAACUAUGAAAUAAUAAAUAUGACGCUUAAUUAUAUGUUAAUGAAUUUAUUAAUCUUUAAGAAACCUGGAGUUUGCGCAAUUCAACUUAAGUCAAACAUAACUAAGAAAAUAUUACAUCCCUGAUUUAAUUAAUAAAUCAUUUCUUUUUUUUUUUUAAACAAUUCUGGAUGUGUGUCCUUUCUUUUUCUUUCUUUCUUCUUUAUGCUGCUCAGUGCACCAUGUUCUAAACAAAACAAAAAAACAGACCCAGUGGACUUUGGACCAUUAGGAAAUAGUCUUAGAAUAAUGUUUAAGGUGGAUGAGUCAAGACCAAAAAUAAGAGUCCAGUCUGACCAAGAGCAUCAGGAUAAACAGACAGAGGUGGAAGUGGCCCUUCCGCUGCAACAAACCCGCACAUCUGCUUUGGGGGCGAGUUUCUUUUUUUUACGCAAAGGAUGUGAGCAGGAGUGGCACUCAGGAGGCUUUAAAUAGGAACUGUCUCCAAACUUUGGGACAUCAGAGCAUCUGAACACUUCCAGCAGCUCGCAGUAGAAAGCACCGGUUUGCCUCAGGAUGGACGUCAACAGGAGACUGGGGGUGAGGGACACUGUGCUGGCGCUUCUACUCGCCGUGCUCCAGGGGUUUCAUCUCGGGGAAUCAGUCCCGAAUCCGUCACCACUUGUGGGAUCCAACUGGGGGAAUCCGAGGAGAUACGUCCACCUGCAGACAUCCACAGACCUCAACAACUUCUACUUGGAGAUCAGAUUAGAUGGCACAGUGCGCAGAACCACAGUCAGGAGUUCAUAUAGUGUGAUUUUACUGAAAGCUGAAACAAGGGAGCGCGUCGCCAUCCUCGGGGUCAAAAGUAGCCGUUACCUCUGUAUGGAUUUGGAGGGCAACCCAUUCAGCUCUCCCAUCUGCCUCAGGGACGACUGUCUGUUCAACCACAGACUCCUGGAGAACAACCGGGACGUGUACUACUCCAUCCGGACCGGCAUCCUCUUCAACCUGGAGGGCUCCCGGCAGGUGUUCACCGCGGGCCAGAACCUGCCGCAGACCUCCCUCUUCCUGCCCAAGAAGAACACGGUGCCGCUGGAGCGCCUCCUGCUGCACAGGGAGAAGAGGAACCAGCUGGUGGAUCCCUCCGACCCGCACAGCGUCUACAUGGGUCAGACCGAGGAGGGCUCGGACUCUCGGGCCGUGCCGGAGGACGACGCCGAUCUGGAGGUGGAGGUGGAGGUGGAGGCCGGGGACGACGGGCGCAACGUGUCCCGGGAGACGCCGCUGGCUCCGUCCACCCACGACCCCUGGAACGUGCACUCCUCUAACUCGGGCAGCCCCCGGAGCACCGGGACCAUGGGGUGAUCUUAGUGGUGGCUGAUCCGGAUUGAUUUACUAAAGUGAGUCAAAGUUUAACCUUGUAGUUUGUCAUCAUGUCAGAGAACAAAACGCAUCAGACUUUAUUUUGAAAAGGAGAUUCAGGAUGUUCCUUCUUUUUCAUUUUGACUAAAUAUCUGAGUCAUCACUCACUCAGAAAAGCAGUUUUGACGCAAAAUAUUAGACUUGACUUGCAGCCCCCUUUUGCACAAUUUGUUCCUAAUUCUCUGACAUCACUGCAGAUUUAAUAACUUAAAUCAAUAAGGCAUGUGUGUGUGUUAAUGUGUGUGAAUUAUCUCAUCAAUAUAAUGAGUAUUUUUUUUUACAUUCACAAGAAGUUUUGGUGAUAAAUUGAGCUUAAAAAAGGACUUUGAAUUUACAUCUGACUCUUCCCCCAUCAGAAACAGAUUACUGAAAAAGAAAAUCUUAGCUUUGUGCCAAGAUGAGUGAUCCAAAUCCAUUUCCCACCCCCAUCCAUUACAAUUAGUUGGCUCUCUUUCACACUGAGUUAUAGCUCUGAUGAGAAAUGGCCAUAAAAAUUGAUUGAAUUAUUCAUGUUUGGUCUCCCUGAAGAGCUACAUGAUUAAUUUUAGAGAGGAUGCAAUUGCUAAAGCAAACAAAGCCUUAGAAACUAAUUAACCAAACACUGAGGAGAAGUCAGCAUGUGUACCUUUUGUUGGUGGUUUCCUCUCAUUGAGGUUUUUACAGCUGGUCUGAGAAACCCACAUUUCAAAGUGACAUUAUCUCAAGACAGGAGCCGAUCUUAGCCUACCUCUGAAGGACUAAAGGCCCUGUCUGUUGAUGUGAAACUAGGCAGACAUGAUUUUAAAUCAAAAAUAUAUACAUGAAUAUACUUAAGAGUUGCAUUUAGUAGAGUUAAGGUUAGGCUUUGCCUGUAUUUUAGAGUCCUGCGUUUACUGAGUUGGAUGUUUGAUGUUUGUUUUAUUGUUAGAUUUUGAACCUAAAACCAAAAAACCCAAAACUUGUAAACUACAGAUCACUACAGUUACAGUAUUUUGUUAUGUUAAUGUGUCUGUAUUUGUACAAUCUUCCGACCUCGUGACUUGAAUGAAUAUAACUACAGGGUAAACGGCCUUUACGGAGCAGUAAUCUUGACAACAAAUCUGAACUUUCGCUAUGUGAUUUUACAGGUGCUGGGCACCACCAGCAAACACUAAAACCAGUCCCAAAGAGUAUUUAUUUAUUUAAUUCCAUUCCUUUGUUGUUAUUUAUGGUAUUUAUGAGGAUGCUUUACAGUUAAAUGUACAUAUAAGAAAACAUGGUUUGUCUUUGAAUGUAUGAGUCGGAGCUGUGGAUAAAGUGUUUGGGACAAA